AUGGACAUCUAUGCGAUGCUGAUGAGCCCAAAUAAGGGCGAAACAGCUGUCCAUGGCUGCCACUGCACGGGUGAUUUGACUGGGCGCUUGCGUGAGGUACUGGCUAGGCUUAACCGCAAGUUGUUCGGCAAAUUUUAUGCAACUUUUGAGAUUUUCAGCAACUUUUGCGAUUUCCGCCAACUUUUAAAAUUCUGGGCAACUUUUGAUUUUUUUUUAGCAUUUUUGAAAUUAAUUUUUACUUUUUUCGCUACGUACAUUUAUUACCUUUCAAAAGAAAAGUCAGCUAAAUUUAACUGGUUUAUACUACUGUGUGAGUGUGUGGACUCCAGGAUUGGCCCAAGUACCAAUGCCAGCUUGGUGUUGCACGCAUAUCNUUUUAUGCAACUUUUGAGAUUUUCAGCAACUUUUGCGAUUUCCGCCAACUUUUAAAAUUCUGGGCAACUUUUGAUUUUUUUUUAGCAUUUUUGAAAUUAAUUUUUACUUUUUUCGCUACGUACAUUUAUUACCUUUCAAAAGAAAAGUCAGCUAAAUUUAACUGGUUUAUACUACUGUGUGAGUGUGUGGACUCCAGGAUUGGCCCAAGUACCAAUGCCAGCUUGGUGUUGCACGCAUAUCCAUGGAGUUAGCGGUAUCACGUGACACGUUUUUCAAGAUGGCGGACAACACUGUCAGUGAUUCAGAUUCCAGCUGAUAGAAUUUGAUAUAAGAUCAAAGUACCUUUUCUUAGGUGACCACUUAAUCAAAAUUCUCACAAUCCUUUCCUUCGUAGUAACGUAUUGAUAUUGUUAGGAGAACCGAGUUGACUCUCGAAAGUCACUCUUGUGAACAGGAGGAAGUUGACUCUUGAAAGUCACUCUCGGGUCUUUGACUUGAACGGUUAAUGUUACUAUCCCCAAACAAACGCAAACGGCCACAAAAUAUAUUGAAUGAACAUUAUUUAAAUUUCGCUAAAAAAUACAAACGGGUUUGUUUCUCGGCCACAAAUAAACAAACUGGAUCAGGUUGUGAAAACCGAAGUUUUUUUUGUUGUUGUUGUUUAUUUCUUUCUUCUUUCUUCUUUUUCUUCUUCUUCUUUUUUUUUCACAGAUGUUUACAUUAUUUUGGGGAAUUCAUAUCCCUAUUAUUCAAAUAACUCCUUUAACUGGAUAUCGUGACUGAAUAUAUAUUCAGUAUCAAGUUUAAGGGAAGCUUUUCUAAUCAACUAUAUCGCUAGAUGCAAUAAAAACACCAGAAUCUGAAUCGCCAAGGCAGUUUACAACAAAAUCACCUGUGAGUAACAAAAGUUGAGGGAGAAGGAGCAGGUGUUUUACGGAAGGUGGUUCAAGGUGAACCAUGUCCUAAUUUUCAAUUUCUUAAUUGUGUAAAAGCGCAUUUCCUCUUCGUUGCCCAUGUUGGUUUAUUCCCUGUGGUUGUAAAGCCAUUAAAAAACGUUCUUCAGCGUUAUCUGAACUGUAUUAUUAUUAUUACGGGUUUUAUGUUUUAUCGAAAUAUGUUUACGUUUCAUUUUGCAAUUUUACAAUAAGCUGCUUAUAAAAUCAUACCCGUAGCCAUUUUUUUUUGUCUUUUGUGAGCUAUUGAGAAAUUAUAAAUUAUAAACCAUGUUUUUUCCUCAACCUCACUAAUAAUUCAUGAACAGAAAACAAAGAAAAUGACUACCGAAACACUGGUUCGGAUUUUUCCAUCGGAUUUUGCGAACUUUAGCUUUCAGCUGAAUUUCUGUAAGGAAAGACUCUCCCAAGUUUUUAAUUUUCUUUUCCAACUUUUGACUGCGACCAGCGAAAACUCGUCAACUCGGCUGGAAAACUAAACGCCUUGAAACCAGUAAAAGUGCAAAGUUUGAGAGUGAUUUAUUAAAAACUAUUGAAAAUAUAGCCCCGCAAAGUGGCGGAAUUUUACAGAAGUUUGUAUGCUGAGGGACACGUUCCACGGCAUGUGAAAUUCCAGUAAGGGCCUGUUUACAUGGAGGUGGUGGACCCCAGAUAGGUGAGGUAACAUGCGGCGGGUCACCCCACCUAUCAUGUAAACGCGAUCAAAUUAAAAUGAGAGAUUAUAUGGACAGGCGGGUUACCCACCAAAACGGGUUACCUCACCUACCUGGGGUUCCCCAACUCCAUGUAAACAGGCCCUAACUGUGUAAAGCUAUAUCUUCACUGACUUUCGACGUAUCACCUUUAAACUUGUUAAGUUUUUCAAUUUUAAGGCACUCCUUCAAGAAAUGUCAAGGGAUACUUGCUUACUAGCCUUUAUAUAAAAAAAAAAGAAAAAGAAAAAAAAAGAAAAAAAAGAAAAAUGUGACAAGGUCUAUUAUUUUGUUUAUUUGAGAAACUAUAAAACAUUCCUCUCGGUGUUUCAUCCGAUAUGCGGAUAUCUCAAAGUCGGACUUAAAAACUUGCCAGCGCCUUUUUUUAUAAACCCACUUCAAGGUGUCAACAUAUCUGAAUAUUUGAUACAUUACAUAAGUGGCAAGCUCUCAGAUAAUGUUCAUCCGACUAUUCUGAUGGAUAGACCUAUUCGGCUAACUCAAUGUUGUACACCCAAUUCAAGUCUCCCGGGGUUAAGAUUCUUUGCGUGUUGUAUUUGCACUACAAUGUGGCAUUCUGGGCACAUUUAAAUGAUAUGGAAAUUCCUGAAACAAAACGUUUUUUUUCCGAAAAUGUCUGAAUUAAGUACAACUUUGAGUUAGCGGAAUAGGUCUAUUUCCUCCUUUGGUUUCCCUGUUACAGAUAUAAUUUAAUUCAUUUUUUGUUUCUAAGAAUUUUAAAAGCAUGACUGUCGUGCUAAUGAAAUGCCUCGUUUUCUUUUAAUUUCUUAAAUGGAAUCCUGAUAAAGCAAAACAAUAAAAAGGAAAUAAAAGCUUUUACCUUGAAGCAGUGAGAGUAUGACCUCCUUGAACUUGACCCUGAAGCAAAUGUGUUAAUGCGCGAUAUGAAUCUACUAUAAAAAGAAUUCACAGCCACGUGCAUUCAUUAAGGUGAUCAAGCAAUUGGAACGGUGUUCAAAAACGCCACCAGUGAAGAUAAACCCUUUUUUGGAUUAAAUGUUGCCUAUGGGUGGGGUCAACAAUGUCAAGCGGCGAAGACUGAAUUUUAUAUGAAUGAUUACCUCGCAUUUGUACUCUUAGAACCAGCAUUUUAUAAUUAAUUAUUAAAAUGCAAGAAUGUCAGAGUGAGCGGAAACCCAUUCCACGUGCUUUCGAAAAAGAUGCCCCGGCGGAUUCAUAAAAAUCCCUGUGAUGUGAUUUGACAUGUAGGACAUAUCCUCAAAAAAGGAAAGCCAGGUGUGUUUUUAUUACACAAACAACAACAACAACAACACAAUCAUUUUAAUCUUUAAUUAACUAACCUGUCUUGACCUGUUCAUCUUUUUGUUUUUUUUGUUCUGCUUUAAUUUUUUGCGCGUUUAUUGAAAUUUUGCGGUUUUCGACUAGUACGGAAAAAUACUUUAUUAUCUUUUCUAUUUAGUUCUAGCGUAAUAAUUUUAUUUAAUUACAUCUGGUUUGUUUGUAAUAAUUUUAUUAUGAAAACUUGUUGUCCUUUUUGCUUCUGUUAGUCAAUGAAGCUGAAAACAACCGUCAAAUAUAUUAGUCUCACAGCAAACACUUAAAAAAGUAUCCAUCAAUAAAAGUCCCUGCCUGGUUUGUUUCCAAGUUUACAGUUUUUUAGAUUUGCGUACUCUGUUCGACCCAACUAAGAGUUUUUGUAGACUGGCAUGCCCACGAUAUUGCAGAAGUUUUAUCCUUAAUAGCAGAAUCGUCUGCAACCGUAACACUUUUGAAAGCCACAACGAGUUCGUCGGUGAGGACCGCAUCUGUAAAAAAUGCAGUGGCUGCAGAGGUAACGAUAAUGACAGGGAUGAUAGGGUCUCGUCAGUUUGGUAUCUGCAAGAAAAUAUGAAGAAUAUGACUAAUGUACAUAUUAUAUGUACACAAAUCAGCUCUACAUUUGGAACAAACAAGUUAGUAAGCGCCACAGCUGAGUUUAGAUAUAAUCAAAAUCAAAAGACGUUAAUACUAUUAUUGUAAGACGGAAAAUUAUAACACAGAAGUGAAAACAAUUCUUUGUCGCGCCAAAGUUUCAAAUAAACCCCGCCCUCGCAUUAAAUCACAGUAUUUGAAACGAGUAAAUACUACAAGCGAGACCGAAAGGGUUAUAGGGAGUGCGGGCGAGAUCGAUCGAAUGUCAAAACGCUGUUGUUCCAACGUUGUGCUUUGCAUAAAUCUCCGUGAUGUAAGGUCAAAACGCGCGUAAUUAUAUUACGAGUGAUAGAAGAUCCAAACGCCAAAAGUCUAAACAUACAUUAUACUGGGUCAAUUCAAUAAAAUUUUAGUGUAAUUCACAAGCGUACAUGUAGGUAUUGUUUCCAGACUCCAGCUAUAUAGCAAUAGCGACACUUGUAGAUUCAACUCGUGAAAGUUUCAUAAAAUUGACCCCUGGCAACAAACGAGCUACGCAUGCGUAGUGGCGACAUGGAGAUAAGAAUUGCAAGCUCCUCUGGUCGCCCGCAAUUAAUUAUGCUUUACAUAAAAUUAUAUGAAGAAAUGAUUAUCCUACAUAUGAAGGUGGGAAUUUAGUAUAAAGGAUAGCUGAAGUAUUUUGUUCUCAACUUCAUCGGGAAUGUUGAUCGUUAGAAAUAACAUUAGCUUUCUCAGGACUUAGUGAUGCUUACUGAAAACCUUUUUCACAUCUUACAGUCAUCUUCGCCUUUAAAAUGAAAAUAGGAAGAAAAAAGCAAUCAAGCAAACAAAAAACAAAACUCAUCACUAUUACACUUCGCAAUCUAUCAAAAACGGCGGCCAUAACUCGAUUUAAAAUUUUCUAACCUUCUCCAGGUAUUUUGCCAAGAUCGGCUUUAUCUUUAACAUCUAUCUGCUCUGGUUCCGACAAUGAAAGCUGCAGAAAUUACUCGAUAUGUAGUUAUUGCUGCAUGGUCUGUACCCUGAAUGUUCACAGUAUUAUAUAGAUUCCAUUUAUUUUGCAAGGGAAAGCGUCACGUUAAUUCUACACGCUUUGUAUGUUGGGUGUUGCCAUAGUCGAAAAACUGCGUUUUUUUAAUUUUUUCGAGGCAAUUUUUAAAUGCUUCUAAAUAAAAUAGCCAUUAUGUUGAACAUUUAGUCACAGAUUUUAGUUUUGAAAGAGCCAUUCCUUCUAAGCUCCAAAUUAGUUCCAGAAAGGAUAAGAUUGAGAAGCAAAUUUGUAUAAAAUACCAUAAUUUUCUAGCUUAGAUAAAUUCAUUUUUUUUAUUAGCUUCGCCAAAAAACGAACAAACAAACAGAAAGAACAUUGGCAGGGACCGUCCGCAACAGCUGUGGCCAAUUACAGCGGGCCUGGAUACUAAUAAAAAAACAAGGAAUAUUAAAAAAAAACACAGCGAUACAAGAAAAACCUUAUUACAGCUACACACAACAAGUUAUUGGACGAGACAAGGGACGAGCACUAUUGCAUUUUAAAGAGAUAGACGUGAACGAACGUGGGUCUUCACAAUCAUAGGAAACAGCUAACCCGGACUUAUAAUAACUAAUAACUUCCUGCGAUAGUUGACUUUUAAAAGUCACAAAAUUAAACUUAUAUUACGUUUUGGAUAAUGGAUGCAUGAGUUGAAAAUCAUCCCAGCAACAAAAAGCAGCAAAAGAGCGGCCCUUUUUUAAGGAUAGUUUCUUGCAGUCGUAAGGUUCACUAAUGCGCGAAUGUGGUGACGCCUUUCAUGUAGUUUUAUUGAGGUCUAAGACACCAGCCACGGCACGUUUAUCUUUCAUAACAAAAUCAACAUUGUUUAAAACAAUUUCAGAUGCCAUUGACAAGCAUGGUUGAAGAGGUUUCUGAAAAGCACUUUUAAGCACUUUAAAAAUAAAAGAUAAAAGCAAAAAUGUUACUGGCUGCAGUCUGCAGUAGUCUUUGGACUUCUCGUUCUUGUAUCUAAAUGAACCCUGAGAGACCCUUCUAGAGGUAUUCUUGUAAAAAAGCGUGAGUGAAAAGAACUUAAAUUGAAUUGUCAUGAUCAUAGCAAAAAGACACAUAUGGGCCCUUAUAUUAAGGCCUCUGUUUAUUCAGGGGAGGGGAGGGGAUAUUUGCAGCCUAGGGAAGGAAACGAAAAAAACCCACGUGAAAAAGGGUUAAUGAUUAGUUUAAAUAUCGAGUUGUUUGGCAUCAGCAUUAAAAGCAUUUAGUUAAAAAUGUUAGUACACUGUCGUUUAACGUUUUUAUUUUCGUUUUUAGCAUUUAAAGAUCUGGAAAGUCUUUAGCUGUAGAAAUAAAGGCUGUUUUCUUUGUUUUUCUCAGUUUGGAUGCCACAACUUAACUUUUACGUACGGUGACGGCGAUAAUAUGGUAAAUUCAAAAACGCCUGCAGUUGUAACACACGUGAUAACGAUAGCGACGAUAACGAAGGCGUCUGCAUCUGUGCCAACGAUAAGUGCAGAAGCGGCAGUGGUAACGACAAUAACCCAGACGUCUGCUCUUUUUAACAUCUGCAGCGAUGUUAAGGAGAACAUAAGCUAA